AAAAACAGUUGAGCGGCCACGAGAUGUCGACCUCAUUCGAAGCGCCGUGGGUCGAGAAGUACCGGCCAACGACGCUGUCACAGGUUGUGGGCAACAGCGAGACUGUGAGUCGACUCCGUGUCAUCGCGCGCGAGGGCAACAUGCCCAACAUCAUCAUCAGCGGCCCGCCGGGCAUUGGCAAGACCACGUCCAUCCUGUGUCUCGCGCGUGACCUCCUUGGCGAUACGCUGACGAAGACCGCCGUGCUUGAGCUGAAUGCUUCAGACGACCGAGGCAUCGACACGGUCCGGAACAAGAUCAAGAUGUUUGCGAUGCAAAAGGUCACGAUGCCGCCCAACCGCCACAAGAUCGUGAUCCUCGAUGAAGCUGACUCGAUGACGACGGCUGCACAACAGGCACUGCGCCGCACGAUGGAGGUCUUUAGCGCAACGACGCGCUUCGCGUUGGCGUGCAACAACUCGACCAAAAUCAUCGAGCCGAUACAGAGCCGCUGCGCCAUCUUGCGCUACACGCGGCUCAAGGAUGAAAUGCUGCUCGAGCGCCUCGUCCAAGUAUGCGACGCGGAAGGAGUUGGCUACAGCGAUGACGGUAUGGCCGCCCUCAUCUUCACGGCGGAAGGCGACAUGCGUAAUGCGCUCAACAAUUGUCAAGCGACACACUCGGGCUUCGGCUUUAUCAGUGACGCGAAUGUCUUCAAAGUAUGCGAUCAGCCUCACCCAACGACGGUCAAGUCCAUCGUCGAAGCGUGUGUCGCCGGCGACAUAGCUGUCGCCGAGAAGGAAAUGAUCGCAUUAUGGAAGACUGGGUACUCUGCGCUCGACAUCAUCGGCACAGUCUUUCGCGUCGCCAAGAGCACAGACAUGGACGAUAAACUCAAGCUCGACUUCGUCAAGUGCAUUGGGCAAUCGCACAUGUGCAUUGCCGAUGGACUCACGACGGUUGUCCAGCUCCACGGACUUGUUGCGCGUCUCUGCGCGGCCGCCACGAGCUUCCGUGACCGAAAGUGAUUCGACGAUACACAGCCUAUUCAGUAUAGCUUGAUGGUGUUUUCUCCACGGAAUUGCAUUCGAAAGUAGGAAAGGCCUGUUGGGAAG